AUGGAAGCGUCCAAACGGUCUGAUGUUCAGCCCAAACUCGUUGCAUCGGUCAGUCACCCACCAGCUCCCUUAGGCCUCGUAGGGAGAUCGGCGCGAGCUCGGAUCAGGAUCACACGCGUGUGCCAAAGUGGACGAUGCCGAGUUGCUGCUGACACAGGCGGCGGCGCGCUGGUUCAACGUGCGAUUCAGGCCCCGGCCGUCCUCGUAGCCCGUCUACAGACCUUCCUGUCCUGUUGUACGUACCCAUGGGCCCUAUGCAUCAUCUUUGCUUUCGGCUUACCUCUCGUGGCUGGUCUUGCUGGCCUGCGCUGCAGUCGCUUUUGCUCUCGCGCUCGGCAUAGGCUCGGCGUUGCAUUUCCAGAGGAUUGUGAAGAACCAGGCAGGUCACUCCUACACCGUUGACCGCUUCACAAGAGUUUGGUGCUGACCUUCGGGAUCUUCCCCUGCUCUACACGCCUGUAGUGGUAUACCUGGCCCCAAGAAUGGUGGCCCUCCGUCUCGGCGUAAGCCCCCCCCCCCCCCCCCGCACAAAGCCAUUCCGAGCCUGGGCGGUUCUGCUUUGCAAAGAGCGGAUCCCAGCUCGGAUUCAUUCCUAAACUGCCCGUUGUCGUUCCGGAGCGGGACGGCACGUGAUCACGUGGUAUGCUGACCCCUCCAGAACCUUGGCAUUGACAGCACGAUCGGCGAUUGGUACCCAGAGAGGAACCUUUUUCAACUCGUGAUUGCCAUCGUAUCUGGUGAGCUCAGCCUGACCUGGGUCAAAUUCACGACUCCAGGAAACCUCGAGCUGACCUGGGUGAGCGAACACCUCUUCGAUUACUACCACCAGGCCCGCGAUUCGCGAUGAUCGGAAUAGCGUACCUCUUGGUUCGCGCCCCGGGGACCUCUCUCCCAGGCUUCGUCGCCUGGUGCGGCUUUUUGCGGACCCUGCUGUGCGGCGGCUGGGUUUUCAUCACAAGCUCGGACCAAGGCGACAUGCACGAUGUGCUCAUGAUCAGGUACGAGGACGAAGAUGUGGCCGCGACGCGGUUCGUACUGACCCUCAAAAACGCAAUGCUGUCCAGCUACAUUGUGAUGAAUAUACCGUGGAUGCUGGGCACGCUGCACUUUACGUCCCCCACGAACCCGACGGCUCGGCGGUGGAGAAUGAUAACCGGAACACUAUUUUUCGCCUCGCUCGUGCCCCUUGUCUACUACUACAUCCAACACAAAGUCCAUCGCCUCCCUGGAGGUAAGAUAGUAGCACGCGCACGGUCUGGUAGUGGCGGCGUCCUGCCGCCUGAAGGGCGGAAACUGAUCGAAGCGCUCGUCACCUACCCUCUGGCUCGCAGCCUACUCCAAGUACGCACUUUUUGAAUGGGGUCUGAUCCUCUUGGAUGUCGCUUUCGAUGCGGUCUCGAUCCUGGACGUUGCGAGACUCGAGAUCAAGAUCGUCGACAACGGAGUCGACGCACCCGCGGCACGGUACGUGCAAUGCACCGUCCGGCUCGCCCUGGCGGCCGGCAGCACCAAGCUCACUCGCUCUCUUUGUCGUGCACAGCCCUUACCUGGCCCCGCCUAUCCCGAGUGCUCAUACACGAAAAACGCCCGCGAUUGAACAAUGGUACAUUUGGUUCGACGAGCGAACGUCGGACACGCGUCUAUUUUUGGCCCACUCGUACCUCGGUGAGUCUCGAGACGUUUCGCUUCAGUAUCGGGACCCGGGGGUUAGUGCAUUGCUCGGUACCAACGGAACCUUAUGUUGCCCCUCACCCGCAGCCUUUGUUUUCUGGUCGAAUCUGACCGUCUUGCCCAUCAUGAUCUUUUACUCGUCCGUGUGGUCGAUGGGGUCAGUCCUUGCUCCCGGAAUACUCUCGAAACAAAAGCGGCGGGGCCGAGAUCGCUGGCUAAUGCGCUACACUCUAUGUAUGCAUCACAGCCUGUCGGGCGAAGAGGUGCUCCUAUUUGUGUCCCUGUCACCCGCCCUCCUCUCGAUCCGGCGGCUCCGUGAGCUCGUGGUCGGCCACCAAACACUCUUUCACUUGGUCACGUUGAUCGGACUGGCCGCCUACCAGAUCGACGACGAGGGCGAGGUGCGCCUACGGGUUCUGGCCUUUGCGGUCGGCGUGGGGUGCCUGCUGUACCCCGCCAACUGGUGGGAGGCCCGAGCCCACAAGGCGGAGCUGCAAUACCGCACCGUGUCAGUGAUUUUCACUGGUCUCGUGCACCCACCAACCUACUCUACAGGCCGAGGAAACAUGCUGACUCUCUUCCCCUGGGUCCGGCCAUGCGGGUAGUACCUUUGGCGUAGGGCUCAUCUUGACCUUGCUUCUGCGCUUCGCCAACUUUUCCCUCAACCCCGUCUGGCCAAUCAUGAGCGACAAGACCGGUCCAACGGCGAACGGAGGCCACAACUUACUCGGUCUCGUUCUUGGUCUCGCUUCAGUGGUCGAACUGGCCAAGCACAACCUGCCGCGGCUCACACCUCCGACACUGAUCGUGCGGCGCUCGUACGGUUCCUUCGUAUUUGCGGCGUUCGCGACGGGAAGCCUGUUCUUCCUCCUGCACCUGCUCUACACUGAUUCCGGUACGAUCAUUGCCUGGUCGUGGGAGGGGUACCCCGUGCGGGGCCCCAUGGCGAUGCCUCACGGGCUGUGGACCAUCCUGGCCUGCUCCGUUGGGCUCGCCGCCGCUCAUCUGUCGUUCGUGACCCGCGCCCCGUGGUUUCUCGUCGCUUGCUUCGGCUGCAGCCUGCUCUACCUACGAAAAGGGUGGACUGCUUUCCUUGGCGGGUCCGUCCUGGGAAUCUGGGCCUUUUCCGUCUUGCCCGCGUUCAUCGGGCUGGCUGUCGAGAAUGCCGCGACCCCAGGCCCGGUCUUCUUCUUCGCCUUCUUGAUCUACGGCGUUCUCGAGCUCGCGGCGACGUGGACGGUUGCCUACGCCUUCGUGCCGGGCGGUCCCUUGUUGCGCGAAAGGACGGACCUCGUGCUGGUCGCGAUGAUGGCGUGCCUCGCCCUCGGGAUCGUCGAGCUCAGCAUCCGCCCGCGCGCCGGCCCGGACAGUGCUGCGCAAGUCUCGGCGGAUCAGCCGCCGAUGGCGAGAUCGCGACAAGAGUUCCACGCCAGAUUGAGGAGUGUGUUGGCCAUCGGGCUUGCCGUUGGCACGGUCGUCAUUCAAUACCGGUCGCAACUCGUGGCCCCCAGCCCUCACCGUCCCGACUCAAGGCUCAUCACGGCGGGUAUCUGGACGGUGCACUUUGCGAGUACGUCGUAGUGGGGGCGUCGGCGUGGUACAUCCUCGAGAUGUGGUCAAACUCUUAACUAACCACAAACAACCUUUUUCGCGGCUGCUCUUUCUUCGUCGUCAGUGGACGGAAAGUGAGUGACGGGCUGGCCCGCGAUUCGGCACAGCCGGCCCGCUGGAUGUCACUCACGCGCUCGUGCUUCCUCCCACCCUGCAGGAUGUGGGAGUCCCAACGACGCAUGGCCGCCAUCAUUCGCGACGCCCAGCUCGAUGUCGUGGGGUUGCUCGAAUCCGAUGUCCAGCGACUCGUCGGAGGCAACCGCGAAAUGACGCAAUACAUUGCGUCGGAGCUCAACAUGUAUGCCGACAUCGGCCCUUCGCCUUCCGGGCACACAUGGGGCUGUGCCCUGUUGUCCAAGUUCCCUAUCCUCAACUCGACCCACCAUCUUCUGCCCUCGCCGGCAGGAGAGCUCGCCCCCGCGAUCCAUGCGACGCUCCUUGUCUACGACACCCUCGUCGACGUUGUCGUCGCGCACAACGGCCAGGAGGAGGAUUCGUUGGAUCGCGAACUGCAGAGCAAGGAGCUGGGCAGGAUUAUGAGCGAGGCCUGGCCUCGGCCGGUAAUCUUCCUCGGUAAGUCUUCCCUGCCCUACCCCUUUACCUUUUUGUUUUGGUUCGGCGCCAACAAAAAUCCCGGGAUACUGAUCAUGCUCGCUUCUGAAAAUCCCAUCCCAGGGUACGUCGUUACCCUCCCCCACGCGGCGAAGCCGGCACCUUACCGCUACCUCGUCGAGGACGGUCGCAUGCUCGAUGUCGACCCCACGGACAUGGACCGCUGGUGCCAGUAUAUCCUCUUCCGCAAUCUCGAACGAGUCGCCUACGCGCGCUUGAAUCGAGGCUCGAAUCCGGCCAUCACCGAUACCGAACUCCAGCUGGCCAAGUUCGUCGUGCCGGACAACACGUCGCAACUGCUGGACCCCACGGAUUCGGAGAAGCCCAUCGACAACACUCGAGCGAGGAGAGUGACCCAGCUCAAAAUCCCCGACCAGCAUCGAUUCCCCGACAUGUUCUACGGCGAAGGGGUGCGUGGCCAUUUCUACCACUCGCUCGAGGACACGGAGGGCAAGAACGCACCGAUCUACUACUUGAGCGAGGAGGAGGAACUGAAGAGGCAGAAGGACUGGGAAACGGUCUUGUCGAAUCGUCCAGAGUGUCAGCAGAUGUGA